AUGAAUUUUUUGGUCAUUAUUUUAAGUUUUAUUUUAAUUUUUGGUAUAAAUUCAAAUGAUACUGAUGAUACAAGUGGUAUUGAUGUAUUAGAUAUAUUAAAAGAAAAACAAACUUCUUGUGAUCUACAUGAUUUUGUAAUCGGAAAAGAAAAUUCCGAAAAAGAAUAUAUAGCUUUAGUUUAUGACUUAGCAACAUAUUGUUCCGAAACUGAAUCAACAUCUUUAUCUCGAAUUUUAUGUCGUAUGAUAUUAAUAGAACUUGAAAUUGGAUGUUCAUUACCUAAUAAAUCACGUCCAACACCAGUUAAAUAUAUUAAUUCAUAUACAUCAACACAAAUAUGUUCAAUGAACAAAAUAAUGUAUACGAAUAGAUGGAUUUGGAAUAAAUUUACUGAGAAAGAAAAAGAAGAAUUGGGUUCAUCAUCGGCUCAUAUAUGUCCAAAAUUAACUUCUGUGAAUUCUACACUUCGUUUAACAAGAUUUUUUUAUAAAAUUGCACCACGUAUUAGACGUGUUGAAGCUUCGAACACUAAUUUAACUGCAAAUAAAUCAGAAAUAACAAAUCUUAAAAAUAUAAAAAAAGAUUCAGUAGAUGCCGAACAACCGGUAGCAGAUAAACCAGAUGAAAAUAAGGAACCAGUAGAAAUCGAUUCAAAAAAGAAAGAAUCAAGAUCAAAUAUUAGACAAAGACAAAAUGAAAAAAGAAAACAACUCAUAGAUAAUGAUGAUUAUGAUGAUGACGAUAAUGCAGCAGAUGUUAAAAAGAAUAAAGAUACUAAGAACAAAGAAGACGAUGGUAAAGAAAUCAAAUCAUCCGAUGAAGUAAAAGACAGAAAAGACGAUACUCGAGUGAAACGAGAAAAGGAAGAAGUUAAGGAACGAAGAAAACCACAAGCUCCUGAUGGUGAAACUGGUUUUCAACUAAAUGAACGUGAAAAAGAAUGGGUUGGAGGAAAAAAAGAUGAUAAUCAACCAAAUUGGAGUUUAAAAAAAAAGAAUCGAAUUGAUUCGGAUGAUAAAUCAUCACAUACAUUUUCAAAACGAAGGAGAAUUUCACUUAGAUCAAAAUCAAAUGAUGAUCAUGAUGAUGUUAAUUCUGAUGAGAAGACAAGCAAUUUUACAACAUAUUUUCUUAUUUUUACUUUACUCAUUGUUGCCACUUAUUUCAUAUUACAAUAUAAAAAUAAAGCAAUAGGUAUAAUAAUCGAAGGAUGUAAACAAAGACGUGGAGUAUAUGGACGUCGUGCUGGUGGAAGUGGUACUUGA